AUGGAAUUAUUGUAUAAUCCUCUGAAGCCAACUGAUAUUACUUUGGGUGAUGUUCAUUUUGGUUACUUUGUUCCUACUGUGAUCUGUGGAAGAACAAGGUCCUUUCAAAACGAUUUACACCGUUUCAUAUCCAAUUAUUGCAACCACAUCUUCCAAAACAAUUUCAACACAUUUCUUAAAAGUUGUUUGGAUUUUGGUCUGGAAGGUAUUGGCUUAGAAUAUAAGAAUUGUAUGUUUUCCAAGAUUUUGGUCCUUUCGCCGAAGGAAAACCUAACUGACGUCUGGCAAAUUCUCUGGGGAACAUGGUCAUAUGUUUUUAAGAGUCGAGUAGAGGAGGAGAGCGAGGAAUAUAAUGUUUUAUAUAAAGUUUCGUUGAUUUAUUUAAUGUUUUAUUUGUACUUUUCGCAGUCGGAUUUCAAUAAUUUACCCAUCCCCCUAUCAAUAGUUAAUAGUGUAAUAGAUACGUUUGAGGAAUGUUUAAAAGUGGCAGAACUAGUGUUAAAAAAGUAUAGAGUAACUUCAGUUCUGAAUGUGUUAAAGUACUUGAUGAGCCAAAAGUGUAUCACAUUCACGCUCUUGGACGGAUUGCAAUUUCUAUACCAAAAUAAAUUCGGAUCUCCACUCAAGCCUCCAUCAUAG